AUGCAAAGGACUGGGACCAUCAAUUCGAUAUAUAAAUCCCAGAGAAAGGAGAGCAGUUUCUUCUCCUCGCAAGUAGAUCCCCAGCCUACUCUGCAGCCGACCAACCACCGCAAUGCUCUGAACAUCAUCGGAAAACAGGAAACUUGCAGGACGCAGCAGCGGGAACUAGGAGCUCAGCCUCCCCACCCGGAAAUGGCGCCGCCGGCUCCCCUCCUCUUCCCUCGGCGUCUGCAGCAGGAGCGUCUGGGAGAUCUGGCGCGGUUUCGGUUGCUAUGUUACGGGGGGAUUGUUUGUGCACAGAACGGCCCCAGUUUAGGUCCUUUUCGAAAUGAAAUUCCUCUCAGUCGCCCCAAAAAGAAAAAAGCCAAAAAAAACUCAUUAGAUGGCACUGGUCAAGUCGCUGAAAGCAAUGAGCCUCUGACCGCUGAAGUACAGGGUGUUCCACCUCAGAAGAAGCGUAGGAAAAAGAAGAUGCCUCCAGAAUCUGAAACAUCAUUUACUGAACAGAAUGGAAACGACAGGGAUCCUUCACCAGUGGAAGAUACAGUAAAUCGUAAACAGUGGAAAAGAGUAAAGAAAACCCGGCCUGCAGGGAGUUCCAGCGAAUUGGUUGUGGAGGAUGAAGAUAUAAUUGAGGAUGAGCAAGUAAAAGGCACAGAACAGCAUCCUGUGUUUUCUGCUCCAACUGGGGUUAGCCAACCUAUUAGCAAAGUGUUUGUUGAAAAAAACCGGCGUUUUCAGGCAGCAGACCGCAAGGAUUUGAUUAAAACUACUGAAAAUGUUGAAAUGUUUAUGGAUAUAAAAGCUUCCUGGACCACUAAGGAUGUGGCACUUUCAGUUCAUCGUGGUUUUAGGGUGAUUGGACUUUUUACUCAUGGCUUUCUUGCUGGCUAUGCUGUGUGGAACAUCAUAGUGAUUUAUGUUCUGGCAGGAAAUCAGUUUUCAACUAUUUCAAACUUGCUGCAGCAGUACAAAACUUUGGCAUAUCCUGCUCAAUGCCUCCUUUACUUUCUACUUACAAUUAGUACUGUUUCAGCUUUUGACAGAAUCGAUUUGGCUAAAGCAACAGUGGCAGUACGCAGUUUUCUUACAUUGGACCCAGCAGCAAUUGCUUCUUUCAUGUACUUUGCUGCUCUUGUCUUGACUCUGAGCCAACAAAUGACGAGUGACAGAAUCAACUUGUACACAUCACCUUUAGAAAAUGGUAGUCUUUGGAUUUCACAUGAAGAAAAAGAGAUUCUUCAGCCUUGGAUUGUGAUUAAUCUCGUGAUAGCUCUUCUUGUUGGGAUCUCCUGGUUCUUCUUGUCAUACCGGCCCCAGUUGGAUCACAGUGAAGAGCUGAUGUUUAAUGGUGAAGUGGAAGAAUAUCCAGAUAAAGAAGCUAAAGUGUCUUCUUAGUGUAGACAACUUCUUCAAUUUCUUAAGAUGCCUUAGUGAUUUAUACUUGCAUGUAAUAUUUUUACAUUUUUUUAAAAUUUAAUUUGAAUGAAUUUUGUAAUUACACUAUUUAUAAGUUAUGGUAAUGCAAUACAAAAUUAUUUUUCUUAAUCAUCAAGUUAUUUUCUAUGGAUUUUAUGCAGCUAUCAGGGAAGGAAGAUGAAUAGAAAAGGGGAAAAAUCCAUUGUAACGUAUUUA